UUCCUUUCCUAUGUCACAUGAUCAACAUUCCCACAACACGGAAGUGCGGUGCAGCGUAUCGUUCUGUUUCUCCAGAAAUAAAUGUUUCUCUUUGCCACAGACUGCUAAAUUUCAUCUAGCUCCAAUUAUGAAAAUGAAUGUUAGUAGCUUAAUGUAAGAGUGUAUAUUGCCAUUAAAGUGUUAAAGAAAACUCACGGAUAUAACGAGUUUGGGACAUAUCUAAUCUGUUGAUGGUAAAUGCUUUCCAUUAAUCAUCAGCGCCAUGGAACCCACAGCUUCUGGAAUGUUCUGUAACAGAAUGCUUAGCAUGGUAAACUCUGAGGAUGUCAACGCCAUCAUCCAAGCCCAGAGGCACAUGCUGGACCGCUUUGAGAAGACCAAUGAGAUGCUGAUCAACUUCAAUGGACUUUCCAACGUGCGGCUGCAGCAGAUGAACGAACACUUCCUGCUUCACACGCGCACCCUGGUGGAGAUGAAGAAGGACUUGGACAGCAUCUUUAGGAGAAUCAGGACUUUAAAGGGCAAGAUCGCCAAGCAGUACCCAGAGGCCUUCAGAAACGCCCACGAGUCGCCGGUCCUGGAGGACGACGAGUUUGAUCCCAUCCCGCCCAGUGUCGCCACGAUGAUCACCGCCACCAUGUCGGGGCAGAGCACCGAGUCAUGUGACACGAGCCCCGACGUAAUUUCCCCGAAUGUAAGCCGGUGUUCCGAAGGCCUCUCCCAGGAGCAGGCCGACACGCCCACCUCUGACCAAGGCCUGCCUAGCCCUGAAACGGACAUGCUGAGGGACGAGGGCCCGGACUCAGUACCUGCAGAGUAGAGCCUUCAUAACCCAGGCCUAGAGCUCUACUCAGUACCUGCAGAGUAGAGCCUCCGUAACCCAGGCCUAGAGCGCUACUCAGUACCUGCAGAGUAGAGCCUCCGUAACCCAGGCCUAGAGCUCUACUCAGUACCUGCAGAGUAGUGCCUUCAUAACCCAGGCUUAGAGUUCUACUCAGUACCCAUAGAUUAGAUAGAAGCAGCAGGAGGUCAAUGUGAUUGAUUUGGCUUUGAGUUUUGGCCAGUUAUCUGGUUUGUCGGGUUUGAAUCAGUAGCUGAUUUGAUGGUCAGGAUUUAAACCAGCACACUGACUGCUGUUCACUUGUAAACGCCAAGAUUGUGUCCAAAGAUCCCUUUCGUUAGACACGCUUGUCCAUCACUCGCCACUAACAAUGAAGAAGAUACUUGAAUGUGUGUUGUGGUUGUGAAGAACUGAAUCCUUCAUUACUAACCACAGGAGGACUGCACCCAGCUAGUCAUUUGUUUGUGUGCACAGGAGUGGCUCUCUUUAAUAAUGGUUGAGCUUGGAAAUAUGCACUCAUUUAAAGAGGUAGUGAGCUUUGUUGGUCAUGGGUAAGCCUAUUGGAAUCCAGCUAAUUGCAAUAGUACAGCCUACCAAAAUAUGUUUCAAUUGUUUUAGUGACACACCUCCUGUUAUUUACCCUAUUAAAACUAGAGCCUGACCGAUAAGGUUAUUUGGGUCCGAUUUUUGGGGGGACAAAACUUACCGAUACAGAUAUCUGCUGUUAUACUGUUUUACAGCAGGGAAAUGAAAGUGUCAUUUUCCACACUGAAUUCUCCUAAAUUGCCAUUCAGAAGAGCAGUUGUCCCAGAAAUAUGCUGCUAAUGUUGAUUUCUUACAUUGUGACAUAAUGAGAAUGGCCGCAAACAUUCAGAUCAGCUUGAGAUACCCAUCCCCCCCCCCCCCCCCCCCCCAUCCUAUUUAUUGAAUAUUAGUUAUCGUGAAAUUAUCGGCUGAUACCGAUAAAGCGUUAAAAUGCCAAUAUCAGCAGAUCAUUUCGGCGACGCAAUAUAUCGGUCAGCUUCUAAUUGAAACCUCACCACCACAGACUUUUUUUCUUCUUUUUUUUAACAUGCAAAAUGUGUGAGUUGCUGCAUGGAAGAGUUCAGUAUUAUUGUUUUCCAUUGUUUCUCGGAUAUCCAUUUUAUUUUGUUGGGAUGACUUGAGCUCGAGUACUAGGCUACACUGUAAAUUACCCCUCGGUGAAGUGGCUAACUUAAGCAUUCUAAGUCUUUAUCUGUAUCAUGAUUACGAUAAAUGUUACGCAACAACUUGAA